UGUGUGUAUGUGUGUUUGGAUGAAUGCUUUGCAGAUCUGUGGGCUCCCUGCCCAAAGGAUGCAUGCACGCUCAGGAUGGCUGUCUGUCCAGGGAACACUCCCCUGAGACGGCGGCUGCUGCUGAGGAAGUGAUGAAGCCACAAAGGCCACUCCCCCGGCCAAUUUCACUGCUCAGCCUACAUAAGGGACGUCCCUCCAGAAGCGACUUUGUUUUAUCCUUUAUUUCACGGAGAGCGCGCAGAAACGGCAAGGAGUGCAGUGCGAAUUAACCACAGCCAGUUUUCUUUGUGGAAGAGAAGCAAAUAGAAGGUCAUGAGACAAUUUUAAAGUUCUUGGGAGAUGAAAGCAGGAGAUCUGUUCUCAGCAUGAGAUCCCAUUUCUGAUUCCAACCCAUAAGGAAGACAAGCCUCAGGAACUGCUGGAAAUGAAUGGGAAUACAGCAGAGUCCCAUUCCUACGACUAUGACCUCAUUGUCAUCGGUGGAGGCUCAGGCGGUCUGGCUGCUGCCAAGGAGGCUGCCAAGUAUGAAAAGAAAGUGAUGGUCCUAGAUUUUGUAACACCUACGCCUCUGGGAAAUUCAUGGGGUCUUGGAGGAACAUGUGUAAAUGUGGGCUGUAUACCAAAAAAAUUGAUGCAUCAGGCAGCUUUACUGGGACAAGCCUUGCAAGAUUCACACAAAUUUGGAUGGGAGUCUACAGAAGAAGUCAAACACAACUGGAUGACUAUGACAGAAUCUGUUCAGAAUUACAUUGGCUCACUGAACUGGGGCCAUCGGGUAGCUCUGAGAGAGAAGAAAGUCACGUAUGAGAAUGCGUAUGGAGAAUUUGUUGGGCCACACACAGUGAAGGCAACAAAUAAAAGAGGAGUUGAAAAACUGUACACAGCUGAGAAAUUUCUCAUUGCCACUGGUGAAAGGCCACGCUACCUGGGUAUCCCUGGAGACAAGGAAUACUGCAUUAGCAGUGAUGAUCUUUUCUCGCUGCCUUAUUGUCCAGGGAAAACCCUGGUCGUUGGAGCUUCCUAUGUUGCCUUGGAAUGUGCAGGAUUUCUUGUAGGUCUUGGAUUAGAUGUCACUGUAAUGGUGAGAUCCAUUCUUCUAAGAGGAUUUGACCAGGAUAUGGCAAACAAAAUUGGUGAAUAUAUGGAAGAGCAUGGAAUCAAAUUUAUUAGAGAAUUUGUUCCAAUCAAGGUUGAACAGAUUGAAGAAGGAACUCCUGGAAGACUGAAAGUUACAGCCAAGUCCACAAAGGAUGACCAAGUAAUUGAAGAGGAAUACAAUACUGUGUUGCUGGCAAUUGGAAGAGAUGCAUGUACAAGAAAAAUUGGUUUGGACAAAGUUGGAGUGAAAAUCAAUGAAAAAACAGGAAAAAUACCUGUCGAUGACAUGGAGCAAACAAACGUGCCAUAUAUUUAUGCUAUUGGAGAUAUACUGCAGGACAGGCUGGAACUCACACCAGUGGCAAUCCAGGCAGGAAGACUGUUAGUUCGAAGGCUCUAUGCUGGGUCGACCAUCAAGUGUGACUAUGUGAAUGUUCCCACCACAGUGUUCACUCCUUUAGAGUAUGGAACAUGUGGGUAUUCCGAAGAGAAUGCAAUACAGAAGUUUGGGGAAGAAAACAUUGAGGUGUACCACAGUCAUUUCUGGCCACUGGAAUGGACUGUACCAUCCAGAGACAACAAUAAAUGCUAUGCAAAGAUCAUUUGCAAUAUUCAAGAUAAUGAGAGAGUAAUUGGUUUCCAUGUCCUUGGUCCAAAUGCUGGAGAAGUCACACAAGGCUUUGCAGCAGCUAUGAAAUGUGGAUUGACCAAAGAACAGUUGGACAGCACCAUAGGAAUUCAUCCAGUCUGUGCAGAGGUAUUUACCACUCUGGCCAUCACCAAGCGUUCUGGUGAAAGUACACUUCAGUCUGGUUGCUGAGGUUAAAGACCCCAUUCCUGUUAUUGCCAGAGACUGACUUUCAUCGCUAUGGCUGACUUGCACAACUCAGAAGAAAGAUUUUGAAAGAAGUCAUCAUCAGAUGACUGCAGAAACGUUUAUGUUUCAGAGAGAGCACUCCACAGUCCCGAGGAGAAGAACAGAAUGGGACUUAGCCACCAGCGGUGAUUGACUGGCAAUCAACAGUGCAAUGGGCACAUUGACAAUCCAGCUGAUGCUUAGCAGGGCACUUCAUACGUGCUUUCAUGAAAUCACAGCCUGAACCCUGCGUUGUCUGGUGGGCAGUGAUGGAAGAACUGCUGGCACAGCUGAACAACAGCUUUAUUUUUUUUUCCUCUGUAGUUUGCUACUUGAACAAAGGACCAUCCUAACUCAAGAAUGUCACCGCAAGUUCAGACGUCUGUGUACUGAAUUAUAGCACUGCAGUUGCAAAUUCUCCUUACGAGCAUGCAUUUUUACCAGUGACUUUUGCAUGCCAACACUGGGGAUAUUCUCUGCGUGUUUGGUUAUGAGGAAGGAGGUAUCACUGGAAAGAAAAAAAUAGUGCUGUCUAUGAUAAUGACUCUUUGCUUCCAAACAGACUGCUAUGACUGUUUAUUUUAGAGAUACUUAUUUCUGGAAAUAUUACUAAUGAGAAAGAAAAUAGUUUUUAUUAAGGCCUUGUUAUACAGAAAGUUUUGGGUUUGUUUUUUUUUUUUUUUUGGCUUUUUUUCUGAUAGUAACAACCUUGCACAUAACACAGAAGUGACCUCUAUAGCUUUAUCUUGCAAUUUACGUGAUUAUAAAUAAUCCGGUUUGAAACUGACAGAAUUCCAAUUUGGAUUGAAUUAUAUCUCAAAAGCAUGGCACAGCUUUAUUCAGUUUGGAUAAAUUCUUCCUCUUCAGGUGUGCAGUGGCAUACUGCACGCUUUCAGGUCUGAACUGGCCGCUUUGCAUGCAGUGACAUUGAGGCUUCCUUCACACUGAUGGGGUGAUCGAGUCAAAACCAAGCAACAAAAAAAAAAGAGAAAAGCAAACCACCACCCACUCAAUCUCUGAGAAAAAAAAUAGUGAAAAUUCUUCUAUGUAGACAAGGCCUACAAGAUAUAUUUAGUUCUAUGAAUGUUUUGUAAUGUAUUUGAUUAAGAAAUCAAUACUUUUGAAACAGGAUUUCUAUGAAAAAUAACGAGCAAGGUUACUUUCUUGAAUGUUCCUCUUCUGCCGGAUAAACUGCAUACAUAUUUAUCAGAAAGAGGUAAAACCCUCUUUGUAAUGGAAAUGUCUGUGCUUUUUGAUCUGGUUUUUCUCUCUGUUUUAGCAGGAAUGUUCAGGUUACUUUCAUUACAUGGUUCUUUGGAGUUCACUGUGGUUUGAAAAUCCCUCUAGGCAAGACACCUCUUUGCCUAUGUUUCUAGCCAGUAACAAACUCAUGGUUUUCUUACUAGAAUACUGCUUUAAGUUAUUUUUAUAAAGUCAUAACUGAAGGAUUUUAAAGUGAGUUCUGUAUGUAUCAAAAGGACAGUUUGUGGUGUUCUUUCUCUGGCCAGUUUAUUAAAUAGAUUGAAUGUUUGCACAAACAGGUUCUCAUUUUGAUGACUUCCAGGCAAAGAAAGCAGGUGAUGGCACAGUAGCUUUUUUAAUAGGCCAGAAGAGGGCACCUUGAUAAAGUUGUGAUUUCUUUCAGCCUUUUGAAUUCUGCAGGUAGAUAUUUCUCUGAAAACAGGAUAUGGGGCUAUUCCAUGUGUGGGGUUUUUUUGUGAGCUAAAUAUAUUAGAAGAACAUAAUUAAAAAGAAGGAAUAAAUUGGGACCAACUCUA